UCCAAGCUCGGGGACUAGGAUCCGAGCCCAUGCGGCUGUUACAAUGGUAACAUAACAUAUGUCUACCGUCUCAUGCUUAAACUUGAGACCUCUGAAGUCAUUGUGAUUUCUUCAACGCUCAUUUUUGAUAAUUAAAAACUUUAUGCUUACGUGACGAACUACACUCGAUUCCGCAGAACUGGAUCUGGAUACCAUCGUUCUCGCUCCUUAUAGGCCGAGAAGACUGCUCAAGCGUGGUCUUUUUCGGCAAGCAAAAAAAUUCAUAACCGAAUGUCCAUUCAUAAUAUUUGGUCGAGAUUGGGGUAUUGAACUAUUCCUAUAUAGAGGAUCUCCAGCCCGCCUCUUAGGGUUGUGGAUUUCGUCAGCUUCAACGCCUUGGGAUUAGAAUUAAAGACACCAUGGCAGAUUCCGAUCCGAUCUAUCUUUCGCCAGGACUCGGUUCUGGAACGCUAGCCGCUACCAUAAUCCUAGGUGCACUCUCUCUCAUCAUCGUCUCCUUGCGAAUCUGGAUCAGAGUUAAGAAAGGGGCUAUCGGCUGCGACGACUACUUGACGGUGAUAAGCCUCGUUAUCUAUAUUUUCUGCUGCGUUGUGGUUGUUAUGGGCUGCUUGUCAGGUUGGGGCGCGAAAGACGAUGACCUUUCUAAAGUAGACCUAACGGGUCAAAUAAAGAAGAACGGGCUGAAGUGGACAUUCGUCUAUGAGGCAGCCUAUAUGGUGUCUCUUCCAUUUAUCAAGACCAGUAUUUGCGCCGCUCUCCUACGAAUCACUUUAGACAAGCACUACGUUAUUCCUAUAUGGUUUACUAUAAUUAUUGGCAUCAUCGGGUCAGCCAUAGGUUUUGGGACCGUGAUAGGUCAAUGCAAGCCCAUUAGCGUCAGCUGGACCGGAGAAGCUGGCGACUGUAGCGGGCUUGAAACAGUUCGCAAGAUGUCUCUCACUAUUGCGACGAUCGCCAUCAUAACUGACUGGCUAUGUGCGAUUCUCCCUGCGCUUCUUCUGUGGAACUUGAAUAUGAAGGCAAGAGUCAAGACAUCGCUUAUAUUUGUUCUAUCUCUUGGUGUUUUGGCCAGUAUAUGCACCUGCGUUCGAUUACCAUAUGUACGCACGUAUGUACAUGUUGGAGCAACCCCCUACGAUGGUCUCUAUAAGGGGUGCAUCUUAAUGGUUUGGUCCGUUGUUGAGUGCGGCAUUGGUAUUAUCGCGGGCUCUCUCCCGCCGCUACGACCGCUUCUCACAAAAUACGGCUUCGGGCUCAGCUCAAGCAGCAAUAAUCCGACCUACAAGCGUCAAACUAAUAGAGGUUCUACUUUCGACGUUUUUAACGGCAGGCAAACACUCCCCGCAGCCCCUGAGGCUGUAGCCCACCCCAUACGGCUCGAAACCAUGAGGCGGUCAAGUCGAGGUGGUUCGCUGGUAACAACUUGCCAAGCAGGACCCCAGUCGCGCCCGGACGAGCGGGAUAACAAUAGCGACUCCGACGAUUCCUCGAGCCGCAAAUUAAUAAUCGUGAAGGAUACGCGGAUAGAUGUCCAGUACAAUGCUGUAUGACUUGGGGGCUCAAGCGAGAGGGAAGCUAAAAAGCAUCGCAAAUGUACUAUAAUCAUGGGAAUAUCCUAAUUUGGCUAGGUUUUAGGCGGAUUUAAAAGGGGGUUGUUGUAUUCGACGCGUUGACAAUAUCAUAAAUUGGAAUCUGCACAGGGGCGUUGGGAGUACGCCAAUCUCCGAAUUUCUAUGUACCUACGUCGAGGAUUUGGCUACUCAAACAAGAUAGCAUCCUUC